AUGCUCUCCAGACGCACCCCGCACGGAGACAGCUUCUCCUCCCGCUACGGGGCCGGGAAGAACACAACAACGACAUCGAGUACCACUCGAACAAGGCGAUUCCUCCGCGACCCCAGUACAACCAUUUCCCGACGCACCGAGCGACAACACCUCACACGCAAUCCCCCGGAGAGCGAUACAUCCAGCGCACCCACCCCCGCCGUGAUAACCAUCACCGUCGGCCCUGAGAAACGCCUCUUCGCCGCCCACAAGGACAUUCUCUGCGUCGCCCCGUUCUUUGCCUCAGCCUGCGCCGCCACCGCCGCAGACCCCUCCGACUCGCCCAGUCGCCAGAUCGACCUCCCCGACGAACAGCCAGAGGUGCUCUCCUGCAUCCUCGAGUACCUCUACAAGGGCGACUACCACCCACGUCUCCUGCGCAACCGCCGCCUGAACACCUGGGAGCUCGAAGACGCCGGCACAGACAAGGACGGGCAGAGUUAUGGGGCGACUAUCUUCCACCGCGGCGCUGGUGCGGAGAUUCUCAGGGACACUGCUGUAUACUGCGCGGCCGACAAGUACGGCCUGGAGAUUCUUAAACGACUCGCCCUGCGCAAACAGGGCCUCCACACCGGCAUCCAGUGCAGUACAAUCCUGACUAGUGCGAGAUAUGCCUACGCGAAUACACCCGACACCGAGUCGAAGCUGCGUGCGCAUUAUCUUGCCCUCAUCAUUCGCAGUCGGUCGACGUUUAAGCGCAGCGGCACCAUGCAGAUGGAGAUGGAACAGGGAGGGAAGCUGUUUUUUGAUCUGUUUGUCGCUAUGUGUAAUCAUAUGGAUGAUCUUGCGGCCAAUACUAAGCCGUCUUUUCGUUGUUGA